CUACAUUGGGUUUUGUUUGAGCCAUUUUCUUCUUCCUUCUGUUUUUCAUUAUAUUAUUUCAGUUUUGAAUCAUUCAUCUUAAGCUUAUCUGGAUCUAUAUGACUUUAAAGAUUUUGCAGAGAAUCAAGGUGGUGUUAGUGGGGCAGAGGGCAUUGGACAGGAUAAAUCUUCUUACCAUCAAGAUUUUAUUUACUCGUGUGGGCCUAAAAGUUGUUGAGAUAUGCAGACCCCAAAAGCAAGAAACAGUUCCUCUGAAGUGCCACAGAAGAAAUCUCCACGAGGCAAUUCGUCCGAAGUGCCUCUAAAGAUCUCUCCUCGAGCUAUAAGAUCUCGAGAAACUUCUCAAAAGAUAUCUCCUCGAGGUGUUCCUCAAGAUGUGCCUCAUAAAGUUUCUCCGAGAGUUGCGCGUCGUCUGAAGACGGGGCCAUCAGAUUCUGACUCUGCAUCUUCUCCUCAUGUUAAUGGUAGGACACCAAAAGAGAGAAGAGCUAAAGUCACAGAGCAAAAAUCGCCCAAAAAAUUGGAGUCAGAGAAGUGCCCAAGCAAGGUUACUGAAUUGGAGUCCCAAAUCACUCAGCUCAAAAAUGAUCUUAAAGACAAGCUAAGUUCCUCAGAAGCAUGCAAAAAGCAAGCUGAGGUAGAGGCCAAGGAGUCAAAGGAACAGUGUAAAAUAUUGUCCUCUGAACUGGACCAGUCCCAGAAACAGCUUGUGGAUCAGCCUUUUUCCGAGAGUAGAUGUCCGAUUGACCACCAAAAGUCCUCAGAGGAUCUGACAUUGCGUUCAGAACUUGAGACAAUCCAAAAACAACAUUCAGUUGGCGCAGCUUCAUUAGCUUCUGCCUUGAAUGAGAUAAAGGAACUAAAGGCUCAGCUUGAAACUGUUGCUCUAUCCGAGGCAACCAAAAUCAAGAACGCGGAAGCAGCCCAAACUGAGCUCCAAAGUUUGAAACAGAACUUGUCGGAUACUCUUUUGCUUAUGGAGGACAUGAAAAAACAACUAAAGGAUAGCAAAAAUUCUGAAGCUCAGGCUCAAGCACUUGUUACUGAAACUCUGUUGCAACUUGAAUCAGCAAAGAAGACUGUGGAGAACUUAAGGUCUGAUGGUAAUAAAGUUGUGGAAGCAUACAAUGCUAUAUCUUCCGAGUUGGAUCAGUCAAAAGCACGUGCAAAUUCACUGGAAAACCUUGUUUGCAAACUCCAAACAGAUACGGGUAACGUUGGUGAAAGUGAAAUUGUCGAAAAUGAUGAAAGUAAGGAAACAAUUGAGGCAGAGCUGUCUUCUCUGAAAUUUGAAGUUCAACGUCUGAGGGCUGAUCUGGAAGCAGCUGAGAUCAAAUACAACGAAGACAAAAAUCAAAGCACAGUCGAAAUUAGAAGUGCUUAUGAGUUGGUGGAGCAAAUCAAGUCAAUGUCGACGCGAAGGGAAGAUGAACUCCAGGGAGAAUUACAAAACUUCAAAACACAACUAGAGGAGUUGAAGGCGAAUUUGAUGGAUAAAGAAACUGAAUUGCAAGGUAUUUGUGAGGAGAAUGAGAAUCUUAUCAUGAAACUAGAGAACGUGCAAUCUGGGAAAGGAGAAAAUGAACUCGAAAAGGAGCUUCAAAGAUCAAGACUUGAUAUCGAAAAUCUUAAGGCAAAUUUGAUGGAUAAGGAAACUGAACUGCAGAAUAUUUUAGAGGAAAAUGAGAUCCUGAAGUCGGAAACUGAUAAAAAGGAAAGCAAUAGAAGUAAAGUGAAGGAUGAAGUUGCUGCUGAACUAGAAGUUGCAAACACUGCAGAACGAGAAGCCCUCAUGAAGCUCGGGUACAUGAAUGAGGAGGUUGAUAAAAGUAACCGACGGGUGGCUAGGGUAACCGAACAAUUGGAUGCAGCUCAAGCUUCCAAUGCAGAAAUGGAAGCAGAACUAAGAAAGCUAAAGAUUCAGUCUGACCAAUGGAGGAAGGCUGCAGAAGUAGCAACCGCGAUGCUAUCAAAUGGCAACAACGGGAAACUCAUGGAAAGAACCGGAUCAAUGGAUAGUCCUUACAGUCCUUGCAAGAUUAGCUCACCUUACUUUGAGGACAUGGAUGAAGAUUUAAUGAAGAGGAAAAAUCCAAAUAUGCUUAAAAGGAUCGGCGAGUUAUGGAAGAAGCCACUGAAAUAGGAAAAAGUACGCGGAAAGGUACUUUGUGAUGACCCUUGAACUUAACCUCUUAGUUUAUGUAUUUGAAACAAAAUGAACUGGACCUCUACUUAUUGUAAUCAUAUAGAAGCUCUACUCAACCUAGAACUGAGUCUAAUGAUUGUUCAAUUCUGUUGCUCUUUCUUUCAUGUUUUCAUGAGUAUCUAUCUAUGCAGUUUGUUAAUAUUAUUUCUAAAUACUCUUUA